UUUAAACAGUCAAAUGAGAAUUCUCAAACGUAUCGGAAGUUUUGUAGCUGAAUAAAAAUGGUUCUAUUGAUUGUAGCUCUAUUAGGAGUGAUUGUGUUUUACUUUAUAAAACAUAUAUAUUCAUAUUGGGAACGUCGGAAUUUUCCAUACGAUCAUGAAGGUAAAAUACCUUACGGUUGUUUGGAAACGGUUACCAAACAUAAGAAAUCAAUGGGUAUGGCAAUAUAUGAUGUCUACUUGAGAUCGAAAGAACAGUUUUUGGGUGUUUAUUUAUUAUUCCGACCGGCGAUUCUAGUACGUGAUGUCGAUUUAGUACGUCGUGUAUUGGCGGAAGAUUUCGUUCAUUUCCAUGAUCGUGGUACAUAUGUAGAUGAAAAAAAUGAUCCACUUUCAGCGAACUUAUUUUCGUUAGAAGGCAAAAGUUGGCGUGAAUUACGUAUUAAGUUAGCACCUCUUUUCACAUCCGGAAAGUUAAAGGCUAUGUUCAGUAGUUCAGAAGAAGUUGGUGAUAGAAUGGUUGCCCAUUUAAAUACAUUAAUACCGGAAAAGGGUAGUGCAAAAAUUGAUUUAAAGGAAAUUUUUACAACUUAUGCUAUUGAUAUUAUUGGAUCCACAAUUUUCGGUUUGGAUAUCAACAGCUAUGAAAACCCCACCAACAAAUUCAGAAAUGUGGUGCGUCUAGCCCACAGGAACACACACUUUGGUGCAAUUUUAGGCAUGCUUGUAUUUUUAUGUCCAGCGUUAGUCAAGUUUGUAUUCCGUAAAAUUGGAUUGCAAAAUCCGGUAGCAGUAGCGUUGCUCGAAAUAGUUAAGGAAACUGUCGAAUAUCGUGAAAAACAUAAUAUUAUACGAAAGGACAUGUUACAAUUAUUAAUUCAAUUGAAAAAUACCGGCAAAAUUGAUGACGAUGAUAAUAACUUUAAUGCCAAUGUACCCAAAAAAACAGGAAGUUUCAUUGAGAAUAUUUCAAUUGAGAAAAUAGCAGCACAAGCCUUUAUAUUCUAUAUUGCCGGUCAGGAAACUACAGCUUCAACAGCUUCUUUGACAAUCUUUGAACUCGCACAAUAUCCUGACGUACUGAAAAAAGUUACUGAAGAAGUCAAUACAGUUUUAGCUGAGAAUGAUGGCAAGAUUACUUAUGAAAGUUUACAAAAAAUGGAGUACUUGGAAUUAUGUAUGAGUGAAACUCUACGUAAAUAUCCUGGCUUACCAUUAUUAAAUCGGGUUUGUACUCAAGAAUAUCAAAUUCCUGGCACUGAUAAAGUUAUCGAAAAGGGCACACCUGUAGUAAUAUCUCUAUUUGGUAUACAUCGUGAUCCGGAACAUUUCCCAGAUCCAGAAACCUAUAUUCCUGAACGUUUUCUACCUGAAAAUAGUAAUUACAAUCCCAAGGCUUAUAUGCCUUUCGGUGAAGGUCCACGUCAUUGUAUAGCACAACGUAUGGGUAAAAUUAAUUCAAAAUUGGGUGUAGUAAAGAUUUUACAAAAUUUCAAUAUUGAAAUAAUGCCAAGACAAGAUAUCGAAAUCGAUAACUAUUCGAUUGUUAUUAUACCCAAAGGUGGAGUUAAUGUGCGUCUAUCGAAAAAGCAAACAACAACGGCACUAGGAGCGAUUUUAUUUCAUUAUAUAAAACGCAUAUAUUCAUAUUGGGAACGUCGUAAUUUUCCAUAUGAUCAGAAUAGUAAAAUACCUUACGGUUGUUUGGAAACCGUCGCUAAACAUAAAAAGUCCAUGGGUAUGGCAAUUCAUGAUGUCUACUUCAGAUCGAAAGAACGCUUUUUGGGUGUAUAUUUAUUAUUUCGCCCGGCAAUUUUGAUACGUGACGUUGAUUUAGUACGUCAUGUAUUGGCAGAGGAUUUUGCUAGUUUCCAUGAUCGUGGCGUAUAUGUGGAUGAAGAAAAAAAUCCACUUUCAGCACAUAUCUUCGCAUUAGAAGGCAAAAGUUGGCGUGAUAUGCGUAUCAAACUAGCACCACUUUUCACAUCCGGAAAGUUAAAGGCAAUGUUCAGUACUUCAGAGGAAGUUGGUGAUAGAAUGAUUGCCCAUUUAAAUACAUUGAUACCGGAAAAGGGUAGUGUCAAAAUUGAUUUGAAAGAGAUUUUUACCACUUAUGCUAUUGAUAUUAUUGGGUCCACAAUUUUCGGUUUGGAUAUCAACAGCUUUGAAAAUCCCACCAACAAAUUCAGAAAUAUAGUUUAUUUAGCUCGCAGGAACACACAUUUUACUGCAAUUUUAAGCAUGUGUGUAUUUUUGUGUCCAUCGAUAUUUAAAUUUGUAAUGCGCACAUUUCAUCUAAAAAAGCCGGUUGGCGACGAAAUGCUUCCAAUCGUAAAGGACACUGUCGAAUAUCGUGAAAAACACAACAUUGUGCGUAAGGACAUGUUGCAGUUAUUAAUGCAAUUAAAAAAUACCGGUAAAAUUGAGGAAGAUGAUAACAACUUUAAUGCCAAUGUAACCAAGAAAACUGGAAGUACUACUGAGAAUAUGUCUAUUGAAAAAAUAACAGCACAAGCUAUUAUAUUCUAUAUCGCCGGUCAGGAAACCACAGCAUCAACAACUUCUUUGACAAUCUUUGAACUCGCACAAUAUCCUGACGUACUGAAGAAAGUUACUGAAGAAGUCAAUACAGUUUUAGCAGAGAAUGAUGGCAAGAUUACUUAUGAAAGUUUACAAAAAAUGGAGUACUUGGAAUUAUGUAUGAGUGAAACUCUACGUAAAUAUCCUGGCUUACCAUUAUUAAAUCGGGUUUGUACUCAAGAAUAUCAAAUUCCUGGCACUGACAAAGUUAUCGAAAAAGGUACACCUGUAGUAAUAUCUCUUUUUGGUAUACAUCGUGAUCCGGAACAUUUCCCAGAUCCAGAAACCUAUAUUCCUGAACGUUUUCUACCUGAAAAUAGUAAUUACAAUCCCAAAGCAUAUAUGCCUUUCGGUGAAGGUCCACGUCAUUGUAUAGCCCAACGUAUGGCAAAAAUGGUUUUUUUGAUUUUAGUGGCACUUGGUGCGAUUUUAUUUCACUAUAUAAAACGCAUAUAUUCAUAUUGGGAACGUCGUAAUUUUCCAUAUGAUCAUGAAGGUAAAAUACCUUAUGGUUGUUUGGAAACCGUCGCUAAACAUAAAAAGUCCAUGGGUAUGGCAAUUCAUGAUGUCUACUUAAGAUCGAAAGAGCGCUUUUUGGGUGUUUAUUUAUUAUUCCGACCGGCGAUUCUAGUACGUGAUGUUGAUUUAGUACGUCAUGUAUUGGCAGAAGAUUUUGCUAGUUUCCAUGAUCGUGGCGUAUAUGUGGAUGAAGAAAAGGAUCCAAUUUCAGCAAAUAUAUUCUCAUUAGAAGGCAAAAGUUGGCGUGAUAUGCGUAUUAAGUUAGCACCUCUUUUUACAUCCGGAAAAUUAAAGGCAAUGUUUAGUACUUCAGAGGAAGUAGGUGAUAGAAUGAUUGCCCAUUUAAAUACAUUGAUACCGGAAAAGGGUAGUGUCAAAAUUGAUUUGAAAGAGAUUCUUACCACUUAUGCUAUUGAUAUUAUUGGAUCCACAAUUUUUGGUUUAGAUAUCAACAGCUUUGAAAACCCCACCAACAAAUUCCGAAAUAUAGUUCAUUUAGCUCGCAGGAACACACAUUUUAGUGCAAUUUUGAGUAUGUGUGUAUUUUUAUGUCCAUCGAUAUUUAAAUUUGUAAUGCGCACAUUUCGUCUAAAGAAUCCGGUUGGCGACGAAAUGCUGGCAAUCGUAAAGGACACUGUCGAAUAUCGUGAAAAACACAACAUUGUGCGUAAGGACAUGUUGCAGUUAUUAAUGCAAUUAAAAAAUACCGGUAAAAUUGAGGAAGAUGAUAACAACUUUAAUGCCAAUGUAACCAAGAAAACUGGAAGUACUAUUGACAACAUUUCCAUUGAAAAAAUAGCAGCACAAGCCUUUAUAUUCUAUAUCGCCGGUCAGGAAACUACAGCUUCAACAGCUGCUCUGACAAUCUUUGAACUCGCACAAUAUCCUGAAGUACUGAAAAAAGUUAUUGAAGAAGUCAAUACAGUUUUAGCUGAGAAUGAUGGCAAGAUUACAUACGACAACCUAAAAAAAAUGGAGUAUUUGGAGUUAUGUAUGAAUGAAACUCUACGUAAAUAUCCUGGCUUACCAUUAUUAAAUCGUAUUUGCACACAAGAUUACCAAAUUCCUGGCACUGAUAAAGUAAUCGAAAAGGGUACACCUAUUGUUAUAUCCCUAUAUGGUAUACAUCGAGAUCCGGAACAUUUUCCAGACCCAGAAACUUUUGAUCCUGAACGUUUUCUACCAGAAAAUCGGAACUAUAAUCCUAAUGCCUAUAUGCCUUUCGGUGAAGGUCCACGUCAUUGUAUAGCACAACGUAUGGGUAAAAUUAAUUCAAAAUUGAGUGUAGUUAAAAUUUUACAAAAUUUCAAUGUCGAAAUAAUGCCAAGACAAGAUAUCGAAAUCGAUAAUCAUUCGAUUGCGAUUAUACCAAAAGGUGGAAUUAAUGUGCGUCUAUCGAAAAAGCAAAAAACAAAUUAAAGGAUAUAUAUCAAUUUUUUAAUAUUAAUAUAUUAAAUUAC